CUUCCAGAAACUAGGUGACGCCCUCACUCAGCUUCAUCUGAGCUCCGCUCGACUACCCUUACUACCACCACCGUGACCACCUCCGCCCCCCCCCCCCCCCCCCCCCCCCCCCCCUCCUCUUCCCAUACACACCGGCUCUCACUCAUCCUCCCAGCCAGUCACCUCAAGUGCGACCGGUUGGUCGGGGCGGAGGUAAACAACCACAAUCAGAGGAGAGAUUCCAGCUGCUGUUUCAGGAUCUCAGUGAAAAGACGCCGGAACCGAGGAAGAGGAGGAGGAGAAUGGGACUAAGCUUGGGUCAGGACUGAGUCAGGUCGGCACACCGAGAGCUCCUCAGACUCGAUUCCAAGUCCCCGUAGAGUCACCGCGUUGUCUGACACAAUGGGCUGCUGCAGCGGACGAUGCACGCUCAUCUUUAUCUGCACUUUGCAGUUGGUGUUUGCUUUAGAAAGACAGGUAUUUGACUUCCUCGGUUAUCAGUGGGCUCCCAUUCUUGCUAACUUCUUCCACAUCAUCAUCGUAAUCCUCGGCCUCUUUGGCACCAUCCAGUAUCGGCCUCGCUACAUUACAGUGUACAUAAUAUGGGCCGCUGUCUGGGUAGCCUGGAAUGUCUUCAUCAUCUGUUUCUACCUGGAUGUAGGAGGCCUGUCUAAGGACAGUGACCUGCUGACAUUUAACAUCUCAGCCCAUCACUCCUGGUGGAGUGAGCACGGUCCUGGCUGUGUGAGGGGAGAGAUGACACAAGCUCCAGGGGUCCGCACUACAGAGAGCCAAUCCUACAUCACUGUCAUGGGCUGCCUCGUGGACUACCAGUACAUCGAGGUUAUGCAUAGCAGCACACAGAUUCUCAUUGCUCUCCUGGGCUUCGUGUAUGCCUGCUAUGUUGUCAGCGCUAUCACUGAGGAGGAGGACAGCUUUGAUUUUAUUGGUGGAUUUGACCCAUUCCCACUCUACCAUGUCAAUGAGAAACCAUCUCAUCUCCUCCUAAAGCCCAUGUACCUGUCUACGUAAAUAGAAAAGCAUCCAGUGAGGGAGGUGAUACAGCAAAUUCUCACGGAGCCAAAACGGCUGUUUUCACAUAAACAUCCAAUUGCUCUUCGGCACACGAGACGUUCCUCCCCUUCAUGAUUUCAGUACUUUAAACAUGUCAUUUUCUGGUGUGCUGCCCAGAAAACCCACCAUUUUUCAGUAAGCAUUCAUAUUGCCAGGAUUUGGGAACAAGGGGGAUUACAGUGCAACAUAGGUCUAUUUGUGUUUUUAUGCAAGUAUCAACCAUUUUCUUUCUGUGAGUUUUCACCAAGGAUUAUUACUCCCUAACAGUGUAUAAUAUAUACAUUGUAUGUAAUCACAGAGUUCCCAGCAUUCUCAGUCUGUGGUACUUUGUCUUAGAGGACUCUGAUUUAGCAUAUUAUUGAUGGUUUGGUUCAGAUCUUGACUGUAGGGCUGAAUUACAGUGGAGUCUGUGGAAUGAGCUAUUGUGUGCUGCCUGUUUACUUUAGAUCUGUGUGCAAAAAUACAGAAGCAAAGCAGGAAGAGGCAGGGGAGUAGUAAGGCAGAGGGCGGGGAGGGAACAAAAGCACCAAACCUAGAGGGGUAUCUGCCAAAAAUAGAAAAUGUAAAUAAUGAAAUGCAGAGUUUGGAAUGUGAAUUAUCAAGAAUGCAAAAGAGCAAUAGUCUGCAGGAGGUGUUCUAACACAAAGACAGGCAUGCAAGUUUUACUUUUAUGUCCUAUUUUUGUAAUUCUUUUUUACCAGCAGCAUAGUUAGUAUUUCUGAAGUGUCAGGUGUUUGUGUUAGCCGGUGAGCUGAAGCUUUGUUUUCACUUCAAGUCUUCUCCGCUAACAGCUGACAGGUCUGGCAGGGGCAGUCAUUUCACACUUUCAAGUAAAAGUUACACACCAUAUUUUUAACUUGGCAACAGUGACAAUUGUUGUACCUUUCAAAUUCCACACAGCAGUGUUCAAGCUGUUUUGGUAUUAAGUGUAAAAGUAGCACAUCUGUAACUGAAUAGAUCAGAGUUGUGUCUCCUGUCAGAUCAACACUAAAUUCUUCUAUAAAUGAUGAUAGCCUCAGCUGCGUUUUUGAGUGUAGCGUGUUUUUGUUUUUUUUUCCCUUUUUUUUCAGAGAAAACAAGGUUUGGAUUAAAAUUGUGUGCACAGUGUUAGAUAAUAAAUUAUUUUAUCUUAAAAAAAAACCAAAAACUAUUAACUGGCUUUACACAAGCUAGUUAAACGGUAACUAAAAGUUUCUGGUGACUUUUGUCGUACUUUGUUUUAUUCAGACCCAACAUUUUUAUAGCCUUUUCUUUACAAAGGUAAACACACAUGAGUCAUAUAUGUUUCUUUUUUUACUUAUGGUUUCACCUUUCCAGCUUGUGUUGGAAACUGUCAGAUCCUCUGUUGCCUUAUUGUUGAUAUGAAUCACUACUGCCCUCUGCUGUCCAGAGUGUCCAUGUACAAGGUGCAAAGCCUCUACUUAUACAGAUCUCAAUGUUUUUUGUCUUAAAGUCACUUUUUCUUUGCAGAUAGUAAAACUUAAACUGGUGAUCAUGAAAGUGAUUUCAUAUGUCACUUUUGAUUUAGUAUAACAGAUCACCUCAUAAGUUUGGAUUCAGAAAGCUUUCAGUAUGUCAUUUAAUGAGUUGCGAUAUUUCUCUUUUUUUAAUGUUAUGACUUUUUUUAAAAAAUGGAAAAAGCGGUUGCUUUUAUUUUAUGUUUUUAGUUCUUUAUUUUCAGCAGCAAUAAAUAUGGUCUGUCAGAUUCAUCUGUGGUAUUAAGUAAACUCCGCUGCAGUAGACAGGUUGUGAACUGUUAUGACGUAAAAAAAUCAUCUGACCUAUUCUGCUGACUAACUUCAUAAUGACAAUGAUGAAUAGUUUUGACUAAACUGGCUACAUUUCUGCUGGAGAGAUGCCAUAAUUUAAAUGUCAUUUUAUCAUUUAAACUGCUUGUUUGCUCACUGGACUAGAUAAACAAAGCACUUCACAUUCUAACAUAAUAUUAGUAGUAACAUGCUACUAAAAAUGUGUAAACUAGUCUUCCUCUCAGUGGAAUAGAAGCUUUUCAUAAACUCCGGUGACUGGUAGUAGUUGCAGCCUGUUAUGGUUGUGUAUCUCUUUGUAGAUAAUUCUUUCUUAUUUGUAUUGGAAGUGAGAGAAUAUUUUUUCUUUUUUCUUCUGUCCUCUGUUGCUCCAACCUCAUGUGACCUGAUUGCCGUAAUCUUAUUUAUGCAGACCUGGGCUUUGUUUCAUGUAAAUAGGUGUUUGUUAAUAAAAGAAUGUGCUCUUUCAA